AUGGAGAAUCCAAACAAUGUGACUGAAUUCAUUCUUUUGGGCAUUACAAACAACCCAGAGCUGCGGAAAAUACUGUCUGCUGUGUUUCUAGUCAUGUAUGUGUCCACAGUUUUGGGGAACCUGCUCAUUGUGGUGACCGUGAUCACAAGUCAGAGUCUGAGAUCACCUAUGUAUUUUUUCCUCACUUCCUUGUCCCUCAUGGAUGUCUUCUACUCUUCUGUCAUUGCCCCUAAGAUGAUUGUGGACUCCUUCUCUGAGAGCCCCACCAUCUCCUUCGGUGGCUGUAUGGCCCAGCUCUUUGCAGAGCAUUUCUUUGGUGGUGUGGGGAUCAUUCUCCUCAUUGUGAUGGCCUAUGACCGCUACGUGGCCAUCUGUCAGCCCCUGCGGUACGUGACCAUCAUGAGCCCUAGCAUGUGCUGCCUGCUGCUGGGAGGAGCCUGGCUCGGGGCAUCCAUGCACGCAACCAUACAGCUUCUCUUCAUGUACCAAAUACCCUUCUGUGGCCCCAAUGUCAUUGAUCACUUUAUGUGUGAUUUGUUUCCAUUGUUGACACUGGCCUGCACGGACACUGACACCCUGGGCCUCUUAGUCAUCCUCAACAGUGGGGUGAUGUGUACAGCCAUCUUCCUUAUCCUCAUCGCCUCUUACGUGGUCAUCCUCUGCUCUCUGAAGUCAUGCAGCUCUGCAGGGCGGCGCAAAGCCCUCUCCACCUGUGGCUCCCACCUCACAGUGGUUGUCUUGUUCUUCGUGCCCUGCAUUUUCUUAUACAUGAGGCCCGUGGCCACUUACCCCAUAGACAAGGCAAUGGUUAUGUCCUCUUCCGUUGUCACACCCAUGCUAAAUCCAUUGAUCUACUCCUUGAGGAAUCCGGAGGUGAAAAGUGCCAUGAGGAAACUGUGGGUGGGACAAAGGACACGGAUUGGUGUACACGCUAAGAACAAAUCAUUCCUACAAGGACAAUGA